AUGCCCAAGAAAGCAGUUUUACUAAAAUCUUUAACCAGAGGACGUAUAAGAGCAUCUUUCAACAAAUACAAUUUAUUCAAUCUUUAUAAAAAGGGUAAGAUCGACUUUAGAACAAAGACGUUAUACCAACAAAAAUUUUAUGCUAAACAAGAGACAAGAGCCUAUCAUGGUGAACACCUUACCGAAGGUAGAUUCAACACUUUAUUUUCUUCCAAAUUGAAUUCUGUGGCUCAAUUAGAUGCCUCGUUGCGUAAAAGUGGGGGCAACACAAAUAAUAAACUGAAGGAGACCCCUUAUAUUCUGCAAACUUAUGCCACUUUAGAGAAAAGAUUAGAGUUUGCUUUAUUUAGGGCCAUGUUUGCAUCUUCUAUUAGACAGGCCAGACAAUUCAUAUUACACGGAAAUGUUUUUGUUAAUGGUAUUAAGAUGCGUCAUCCCGGUUACCCCUUGAAACCUGGUGAUAUUUUUCAUGUUAAACAGGACAAAGUUCUAGAAGCAUUAGGUGCUAAAAAACCAAGUUUAGAAGAGUCUUUGAAAAUUGAUAAGAUUCAAAUUGAAGAAUGGAAUCAAUAUGUUAAAGAUGCAAAGGAAAAUCCUAAAAAGGCAUGGGACGAAAAAAUUGCAAAAUUUAAAAAUAAAAAUGCUUCCUAUGAAGAGAAAAAAGAAUUUAGUGAAUUUAUUCAGCAAUAUCGUAAUAACAUCGAGAAAGAUGAGCGUAGAGAAUUAGAAUCUUCCACAAAUAAAAGUCUUUUAAAUAAAAUAUUAGAAUUACAUUAUGAUAAAUUGAAAUGCAAUCAACCUGAAUCAAAUAAUAGUAAAAAAGAACAAAAUAAUACUCCAUUAACCUUAAAAGAUAUUCAACAACUUGUAAAUAAAGAUAAUACUGAAAAAUUGGCACAUGAUUUAAUGAAAUGUUAUCAAGAUUUAAUCAAAUCUGGACUAAUUGGCUGGGAUAAGCUCUCGUCCUUAAUUAAAGAUAAAAAAGAUGAAGAUUAUGAAAAUAUAUUAAAAAAGUAUGGCGAAAAACUAUCCUCCUUACCAAAAGAUUUCACAGACACUCUAUCAGUUAAUGAAAAGGGUCUGAUUAGAUCAGCAAAUAAGCUUUUAGCAGAAGUGGCAAAUAAAUAUUCUUUACAAUUAAGCACAUAUUAUAGACAAUUACUCAAUGACGUUAAUUCAGAAAAUAUUCCUUAUGAUCCAAAUUGGGUUGAUCAGUUAGAUUAUCAUCCAGCAGUAGAUUUUGACAAAUUGAAAGAAAAUGAAAGAAAAGAAAUGAAAGCCAUCCAAUUACCAUGGCAAAAGGGUUACACUUACGGGCGUAAAGAUAUUUCAAAACCAUAUUUUACUCCAUGGAAACCAAGACAAUUUUUAGCCCCAUUUGCAAUCUUACCAAACCAUUUAGAAAUCUCAUUUAAAACGUGUUCUGCCAUCUAUCUAAGAGAUCCAAUUGCCCGUCCAGGUCAAUCCGAAGUUAUUUCACCUUUUGCUUUGAAUGUUCAUGAAAGAGCAUACAUGUACUAUGUGAGAAAGGGUAGGUAA